UGUACUAUACUCAGAAAACAGGGUUUUUCAUGUGUAGCUCAGGCAGAUUGUCGUACUAUACUCGGAAAACAGGGUUUUGGCACAAGUAGCUCAGACAGAUUGUUGUACUAUACUCAGAAAACGGGGUUUUGGCACAAGUAGCUCAGGCAGAUUGUUGUACUAUACUCAGAAAACGGGGUUUUGGCACAAGUAGCUCAGACAGAUUGUUGUACUAUACUCAGAAAACGGGGUUUUGGCACAAGUAGCUCAGACAGAUUGUUGUACUAUACUCAGAAAACGGGGUUUUGGCACAAGUAGCUCAGGCAGAUUGUUGUACUAUACUCGGAAAACAGGGUUUUGGCACAAGUAGCUCAGACAGAUUGUUGUACUUUACUCAGAAAACGGGGUUUUGGCACAAGUAGCUCAGACAGAUUGUUGUACUAUACUCAGAAAACGGGGUUUUUCAUGUGUAGCUCAGGCAGAUUGUUGUACUAUACUCAGAAAACAGGGUUUUGGCACAAGUAGCUCAGACAGAUUGUUGUACUUUACUCAGAAAACGGGGUUUUGGCACAAGUAGCUCAGACAGAUUGUUGUACUAUACUCAGAAAACGGGGUUUUGGCACAAGUAGCUCAGGCAGAUUGUUGUACUAUACUCAGAAAACGGGGUUUUGGCACAAGUAGCUCAGGCAGAUUGUUGUACUAUACUCGGAAAACAGGGUUUUGGCACAUGUAGCUCAGGCAGAUUGUUGUACUAUACUCAGAAAACGGGGUUUUUCAUGUGUAGCUCAGGCAGAUUGUUGUACUAUACUCAGAAAACAGGGUUUUUCAUGUGUAGCUCAGGCAGAUUGUUGUACUUUACUCAGAAAACAGGGUUUUGGCACAAGUAGCUCAGGCAGAUUGUUGUACUAUACUCGGAAAACAGGGUUUUGGCACAUGUAGCUCAGGCAGAUUGUUGUACUAUACUCAGAAAACAGGGUUUUUCAUGUGUAGCUCAGGCAGAUUGUUGUACUAUACUCAGAAAACAGGGUUUUUCAUGUGUAGCUCAGGCAGAUUGUUGUACUAUACUCAGAAAACGGGGUUUUGGCACAAGUAGCUCAGGCAGAUUGUUGUACUAUACUCAGAAAACGGGGUUUUUCAUGUGUAGCUCAGGCAGAUUGUUGUACUAUACUCAGAAAACAGGGUUUUUCAUGUGUAGCUCAGGCAGAUUGUUGUACUAUACUCAGAAAACGGGGUUUUGGCACAAGUAGCUCAGGCAGAUUGUUGUACUUUACUCAGAAAACGGGGUUUUGGCACAAGUAGCUCAGACAGAUUGUUGUACUAUACUCAGAAAACGGGGUUUUGGCACAAGUAGCUCAGACAGAUUGUUGUACUAUACUCAGAAAACAGGGUUUUUCAUGUGUAGCUCAGGCAGAUUGUUGUACUAUACUCGGAAAACAGGGUUUUGGCACAAGUAGCUCAGACAGAUUGUUGUACUUUACUCAGAAAACGGGGUUUUGGCACAAGUAGCUCAGACAGAUUGUUGUACUAUACUCAGAAAACGGGGUUUUGGCACAAGUAGCUCAGGCAGAUUGUUGUACUUUACUCGGAAAACAGGGUUUUGGCACAAGUAGCUCAGACAGAUUGUUGUACUAUACUCAGAAAACUGGGUUUUGGCACAAGUAGCUCAGGCAGAUUGUUGUACUAUACUCGGAAAACAGGGUUUUGGCACAUGUAGCUCAGACAGAUUGUUGUACUAUACAUGGAAAACAGGGAUUUGGCACAUAUGGCUCAGGCAGGUUGGUGUACUUUACUCUGCAAACACUGGUAUCUUUUUUCCAAACAUAGUCUCUUCUGGGAACGUGAUUAGUUUACGAGAAAGUGAAAGUGAAAGUAAAAGACCACUGGAGCCUGCAGAGUCCACACUCACUGAAUAUAUUGAUUAUAGCGCAUUAGCUACAGUCAAAAGGAUGAUGAUGUCAGCACUAGAGAUGCAGAUCCUGUUUAUAAUGUAAUAACUUAAUCUUUGUUCUAUUGUCUUUUGAUUGUCUGAAAAUAUCUCCAUAAAAUUCAUGCAUUUCCACAGAAUUCAUUUAGCAAUCUGUUCUUUAUCCUAUCUAUUCGACUCAAAUUCAGAAUGGUGGCACCUGGACAACUACCUAAAAGAAUCAAAAAUGGAUAAAAUCUAUCUGACCGUGUUUGGGCAGGCUUUGUAUUCCAACGUAAUCUUCGUAGACAAGCUCCGAGUUCACCUUAACUUUCGAGAGGUGACUUCGCUGGAGAGGAGUGACAUCGUCAUUGCUUUUGCCCCCAUCACAUCUCGAGCUGGAACCGACCUCGAAGCUGCUCUUAAGAGGAUCCCGCAGUCUUCCAGGCCUGUUGUUCUAGUGGUGCUCCAUUACACAUUUGAUCUAAAUUUCGUGGCUCCAGAGAGCAGGUAUUUUGUUAACAGCAAUGUUAACAGGAGUGAUGUGUUCACUGUGGACUGCCUGUUUAAUGAAGAUCAAGGCCUGCUGGAAUGCCAACGCAAUAACGAGGCUGUGCAAGCGGUGACUGCUCAUCUGAUCUCUAAAGGAGUGCAGAGAAAGCUAGCAGACGUUUAUUAUCCGGCGGGGCCUGCAAACUUCCAGAUUUCUCCAGUGAACAAAGUCAUUUUGUCUGUCGGUUUUGAGGCGAUGUUAGGUGGAAUCAUUUGCAUGAUUAUUGGAUAUUGUGGUCCUAUUCCUGGGUUAUUUAUUGGGAUUUUAGGUGGGUUCUUCUCUGGGUACUUUCAUCACUUCCGUUCUAAACGUCCUAAACCGUCAGACAGACCCUCGGAGCCCUUGCUACAAGACAGAACCCACAAUCCUCAGAUCUAAUUGCUCUUCUGUGCUGCGUAUUAAAGUUCAGCAGCAUCUAAAACGUAUAUAACACCUUUUAAUGAUUGUCAUAAACUUAUAAUAUGUAUAACUUAUAAUAGAAUAACUCACAUUCACUCAUUAGUGACUUUUAAAACAUGUUAGGUUUCACAAUGCCUUAUAAUAUGUUAAAGAACACUGCAUAUACUAUAAUAGGCAUUUUGAAACCUGUCUUUAUAUGUGAUGCAUAUUCAAAUUUAGCAAAGUGAAAGCAGCAUCUAAAGCAAAAGUGAAAGUGAAUGUAAGUGUAAAUGACUAAAUCUGCUGUAGUUCUAUAUAUAGCUUUUGCUUAUAUUUGCAUUCAUACAAUCAUCUGAUAUUAUCAAUUAUAUCAAUUUUGCUGAUGUAGAAAUACAGCUCUGGAAAAAAAAAUAUUAUGAUUUUGCUAUUUAUUGAUAUAAGUUUGGGUAAAAUAACUAUUGAUGUUUUAUUUUAUAAACUACGGACAACAUUCCCCCAAAUUACAAAUAUAAAUAUUGUCAUUAACAGCAUUUAUUUGCAGAAAUGGCUGAAAUAACAAAAAAAAAAAAAGCAGAGCUUUGUUCUGAUCAGUGUGUGACAAAUAAAUCUAAUAAAUACUUAAACUAUUAAACUCAGAAAGAUGUCAAUCUUUAUCAGGGAGAUAUGUUUGUAGUUAGUUUAGAGGGAUUUAGAUUCUUAUAAUGAAGAAAUUAUGAAAAUAAAGAUCCAUUAGACAAUUAUUACUGUCUCCCUUCCAAACUACAGGAAAAUACCCUUCAUAAUGUUUCAUAAAUGAAUUUAUAAUGCAUUAUAUAGUGCACAUAACACCUUUCAAUGAUUGCCAUAAACGUAUAAUAUAUAUAUAACUUAGAAUAACUCACAUAUUAAAUUCAGCAAAAUGAAAGCAGCAUCUAAAGCAAAAGUGAAAGUGAGUGUAAGUGUAAAUGAUUAAAUCUGCUGCAGCUCUAUAUAUAGCUUUUGCUUAUGUAAUUGCUUAUAUUGAAUGCAUAUAAUCAUCUCAUUACUAUACAAUAAAUGUGAAAUAAUGUUUUGAUCUGUGUGUGACAAAUAAAUCAAUCAUUAAACUC